UCGUACCAAUAACAUCUAGCCUUUUCCGUCGAAAAAUCUCGCCGCGAUUUCGAUGUCGUCUUGAAAAUGGAGCUCCACAUCAUUAUAAUCGCAGUCUGCUUUCAACUCACUCAAGGUUACGCUGUCAGAGCUAAGACCCAAGUCAACUUGCCUUCAAAUCCCGCUGGCUAUGGAGCGUUGGACAAUUCUGCGAGGUUUAUCACCGAAGGGCGUCACAUCAAAGUUGUUCAAACUGACACCGUGACGUUGCCUUGUCGUGUUGCCAACAUAGGCAAAUUGGUCAGAGCGUGGAAAAAAGGCAUCGCCAUUUUGACUGCGGGUGACAUAAAAGUAAGCCCAGACGACAGGCUGUCGCUCGUCAACGGCUACGACCUAGAAAUCCGAUCCGUCAGAUCGGAAGAUGAAGGCGACUACGUCUGCCAGAUCGCCUCUCUCCAGCCGCAGGAAAUAACGCACACCUUGGAAGUGCUAGUGCCACCAAAAAUUCUGGAAGUGUCUGGAGGUGGUAUAGUGGAGGCUAAAAAAGGAACCCCGGUGACACUAGAAUGCAGAGCCAAAGGCAAUCCGCAGCCAUUUUACCAAUGGAUAAAAAAAGCAAAAUUGCACUCUUGGACGUCCCACUCUUCAAUAACGAACAAUACGUACAAUCCGAGUUUAAGGCCUACGAAUGGAUCCACCAUACUGCUCGGAGAGGUGAACCGACAUCAGGCCGGUGUCUACCGCUGUCUGGCUUCGAACGGCGUUGGAAAAGUAGCCGCCAGAGAAUUGACCCUCAGAGUUUUAUAUGCUCCAGAAGUCACAGCUGAUGAAGCGUGGGUCCAUUCAGGAAUCGGAAAUCAAGCCGUCCUUUCAUGCACUGUGUAUGCGGAACCAGAAGCAGAGGUCCGUUGGUACAGGUCAUCUCUUAAAUUGGACGUUACAGAUGAUCAUGUUACCGAAACCAGCUCGAACAGGCAUCGAUUGAUCAUAAGACAAGUCCAACUUCAGGACUUGGACAAUUACACAUGUGAAGCUCAAAACAAUUUUGGAAAAGCCAAGCAAUACAUUGUGCUUUCUGGUAAACCACAAGUAGCUGUGUUUCGAAGUAACCCGGCAUCAAGGUGGCGCGACAGUUAUAAUAUAUCAUGGACAGUGUUCAGCUACACACCUCUAGAAGAGCACAAAUUAUUUUUUAGACGGAAACAAUUUACAGGACAGAUACCGAACUCGCUCAAGUCAGAAGUUUGGGGUGGUAAUUUAACAUUUUGGUAUCUGAGGGAAUGGACAGAUGUUACACUACCCUCAACACCAGGAAAUGACAUAACGCAACAAAUGUCAUAUUUAAUAAGAGGCCUCGAACCUGAAAUGUUGUAUGAGGCAAAAGUACAAGCCCGAAAUACAUUUGGAUGGAAUCAAAUGUCAGAUGUAUUUACAUUCCAUACGGCAAACAAAGAUAGCUACUCAUGGGAACCAUCACAGGACAUUUUCCAUUCACCAGAAACAGAAAUACGGGACCUUGGAGUGACUGCACUAGGAGAGGCGCAUUUAGAUUAUGAACCUUCGCUACUUCUCCUAGUGAUUUUGAUGUUCCACUUUAGUCUGUAGUGGUACAAAAUGAAUAUUUAAAUUUAAAAAAAAAAAAAAAGGAUGUUUGGAAAAAUAAAGACCCUUAGAAUUCUACCGACUGUCAACCUUCUCCUUCUUUUGAUUCGAAAGAGAAAAAACAAACAAUAAACUCUAUUUAUGUACUUACGUCCUAAAACUUGAAAAUAAAAUUAAAAACUCCACUUGUAAAUAACUGAUCUUUAAUGCUUUUUCAUUUAAGCAAUUGUGUAAAUGCAGGGUUCAAAACAAUAUUUAAUUAGACAUUUAAAUAAAGAUCGUUGAAAAAGAAAAAGGUAAGUAUAACUUGUAAAUAAAUGUGGUUUAAAAUUUUUCUAAAAACUUGUAUCUUUAGAAUACCUGCAAGUCAAUUUUACUUUUGUAAUGAUUUAAGUUUUUUAAUUUUUUUUUUUUUUUUUUUUAAUCCUCCGGUACAUCACAAUAGCUGUUUAUCGAAAAAAGCUUAAUUUAUGAAAUUGAAAAUAUGAUACAUGUGUAUAUUGAUGUAAAUAAAAAGAACAAAUUAAUAAUAAAUUCAAAACGACUUAAAUAUCAUAUUUUAAGAUUGUAACUAAUUUUUAUAAAAUCAAUUUUCCAUUGAAAUACAACGGGAGAACUUCAGUACCUUGUUAAUUGCGUUGCUAUCUGUAAAAAUGUAUGCUUGUUAAUUGAAAAUUGAAAUUUUUAUUUGUUUAUAGUGUCGUAUAUUAUUGACAGUGCCCUCACAAUGGAAUCUUAUUAAAAAAAGUAGUCAAAAAUAAUUGUUAUGUGUUUCUAUGUUUUAAUAAUUUAUGUU